CACCGUCAGAAUCUCCAUUGGCUGAACAACCACCACCGCCGCCGCCAUGGACGCCACAUGGACCAUUCGGCCCCGGAAUGGGGCCAGGAAUGUUACGAGGACCAAGAAGAUUUGGAGGAAGAGGGUGCGGAAUGUGGCGACACAGACAUGGGUUUGGAAUGCCGUAUAGACCGCCAAUGCCGCCACCACCAGAAUUACGUGGACCGCCAAUGCCACCACCACCGGAAU